UGAACUGUUAUGCUCUUCCAGUACCACUAAUCUAGAAUCUGGUUUCCAGCAUCUGCAGUCAUUGUUUUUACCUAAAGCACUAAAAAUCAGUUGUCUGAUAUAAAAGUCAAAAAUCACACAAUAUUGGGUUAUAGGCCAACAGAUUGAUCCAGCAGCGAGGCCUGCCUGAGGAAGGUGCGGGGCUCCAAAAGCUUGCAGUUUCAAAGAAACCUGUUGGACUAUAACCCGAUGUCGUGUGAUUUUUGACUUUGUCCACCCCAGUCCAACACCAGCACUCUACAUGAUGAUAUAAAAAUAGACAAGGGUUCACCCUUGUCCAUGUUUUGAAGGAGGUGGGUGAGAAGAAAAAAAUUCACUUUAAAGCAGUCCGAAGUGAGACUUUGCAACUCAAUCCACACAUGGUCUCCAAGAAAAGCUCAGAGAGUUAUAUAGUCCAGCAACAAAAAUAGAAAUUUCUGAAGAAACUCAUUAAGUAUGGGGACAUUUAUAAAGUUAUAAACAAAGAGUUAAUGUUUCGAGUCCAGAGAUCCUCCCUCAGAACUUGGGCAUGGUCAACUUUGGUUUCUGGCUCUGCAGCUGCUACCAAAGCUGCUGCCUGGAACAGACUGGAUUUAUAAUCAGUCAUACACCAUGGUAACAGACCCUUAGGUCCAACUCAUCUGCAUCGAACAGACAUCCCAAUGUGAUCAAGUCCCACAUGCUAGCAUUUGGCGAACACUCCUCUAAACUCUUCCCAUUUAAAUUCCCUUCAAAAUGCCUUUUAAAUGUCGCUUUUUUUUAAAGAUUCUCAACACUUUGUUUUCGAUUUGAAUUAUUGUUUCGUGACCUGGGCAGCGUCGGAGAAGUAUCGCGAUGAACAAAGGAGAUCGUUCGGCCCUUCGUGUCUGCACCAGCCCUUCAAAUGAGCGUUAUGACUUGGUGCCAAUGUCCGAAUCGCCCCACCUCUCCCGCGGAUUGGAUGACUAAUUGCCUCAUGCGGGUAGUGAAGUACUGCAGACCCGAACCACUCGCUCUGUGUGAGAAGUUCUUCCUUAAAUGCCCCGCACGUUAUUAUCUGCCGCUGAUCUUACUGCUGUUUGGAAGAUAUCACCGUGCAGCAGUUGGGCACUGCUGUCCUUUACCAAGAUGGCGCCUUUCGGCCGGCACUAGGUGAGGGAUUGUGCCUGCGCACACAGGAAAGCGACCGGCUGUCGUCACGUCGCGUCUCCACGUGCCUAAAACGGCUGCUGGGAUUGGCUGGGCCGCGGCCAGGGCCGAUUGACGACCCGAUCGGAUUGGAGAAAUCCAACGUAGCAACGGCGCCAUUUUGUCCGAGGAAGGUGCGGAACUGGAAUUGAUAAAAUCACCAGGAGUGGUCCCGCAUAAGGAAUGGACACUCCAUAUGAUGGAGCAGAGAUAACAUUAGUAACUGAAGAAAUCGAAGGCUGUUACAGCUGCACAAAAAACUUUUCACCUAAAAAGAAAAAGAAAUGGAAAGAUCAAAGUGAGGAUGGAGGUAAAAAAAGUAAGAAGCCCAGGCCAGCAUACUUACUAUACUAUUAUGACACUCAUUUAAAAGUGCAACAAGAUUUUCCAAAUUUGCCCCGGUCUGAAAUAAACAAGAAGAUCAGUGAAAGCUGGAGGCGACUCAGUGUUGCUGAAAAGGGUAUUUACCUUGAAAAGGCAAAGCUGGAAAAAGAAGGAAUAGAUCCGAGCGAUAAGCUAGUCAAUGCUUCAACUGGUGCCCCUCCAACUGAUAUUCCAGGAUUCCGCAAAAUUCUUCCUCGUUCUAGUUAUAUUAUAAUUCCCACUUCUGGUCUACCUGGAGAUGGAAAUGGCCAACAGCUGGCUCAAUCUCCUACACCGAGGGGAGGUGAAUGCAAUCCAACAUGGCAGACUCUUACCCACAAUACUAUACAAAGCCUUUUUACAGGCCCUAUCGACAGCACUGAAGAGAGCAUUGCUAUUGAUGGAAUUACUGAUGAAGCUUUCAUUCACACUGAAACAAUGCAGGAGAUUGUUACAUCGGAGAUGCUUUCUCAAUUUUCUAAUUCUGGAGAUGACAGAGUAGCAGGAGAACUGACCACCAAUGAGACUUCUUUAGAGUUGACCCAUCCUUAUGACUCCCCUUGUGUUGUUAUUGAAGGAACAUUAAUAGGUACAGGAAGUGAUGCUUCAGAAAGUGUCACCAGCUGCACAAACCAGCAAACUAUGGAGGUUAAUCCUGUGAUGACAGUAUUAUCGAAUCAGAGCAAGCCAAGUGGGAGUCUCUCCUCUCAUAAAACUCUAGGACAGGCUGUUUGUGUUAACAACAAACAGGAUUCAGUGGAAAAUGUUCCAGCAUCAACUGCACAGUUCUUAAUGUUACCGUUGACGAGCAAACAAUCAUCAACAACUCCAACAAAAAAGCCCAUCUUUUCCCACAAGACAACCUAUACACGAAGAGGCCGUGGCAGUUGUCCAAAUCCAAGCUGUUUGUUUACAUAUGUCACAAGACACAAACCUCCACAAUGUCCAAAUUGUGGCAAGUGGCUGGGAGGGAAAUGGAUUCCAAAGGGUAAGGAAUUGCAGGUAUUAAAUGUACAUGUGGAGUGUAAUCAAGAGAAGCAAAUUAAGGAAACAACAGAUGUGUCUGUCGGCACAAAAGACACAGCUCAGUCCAGUUUGGAAAGUUCACAGGCAGUGACCCAGCUGCUUAAUGUUGCUUCAGAAGAUCAAGGGGAGGAAGAACAGCAACAAAUGCAAACUAAUUGGCAGCAAACUGUACAUGUUGGACCUGAUGAAUCAGCUACAGCAAUGUCCACUGUACAGACGGAGGAACAGGUACUUCCAGUACAGCUUUGCAAUGCAGCACUGACAGAUGAGCAUACAAUGGAAUCACAGUCUGAAGUUGUCGUAAAGGAGCUGGAGGUUCUAACACACCAAACUUCACAUGUCAGUAACACCGUAAUCAGUGGCUCCCAUGGAGUUAACAAUAUGAAACCGGGAUCGAGACAAGGUUUACAAGUACGACGCAGAAACAAAGCCAAAGGGCGAGCAAAAUCCAGUUUGAUGACUGGUGCCGCUCGGUCACGUCCACGUGUUAUCCUGCCAGCAACCCCAUCCAAUGCAGCUUCACAGUCUGGGGUCACCUAUAUUCGAGUGGUUACAAUGCCUGUCAAUCAAGCAGCACCAGCAGAAUCUAAUGUGUCUUCACCAAGUCAGAAAGCCAUAGCUAGAGGCUCCUUGGCAAAGAGCUUAUUGAGUUCUCCUCCUCCAUCAGGUCUGAAACCCAGCACCUUAAAACAACUGGGGCAUUCUGUUUUACAUCCGAAUUAUGAAGAGGAAGAACAGACAGGAUUAAAAGCUGCCACAGAGAAUGGGUCACCUCAGGCGGGUGCAGUUUCAGUCAAAACUGUGUGUCUGACUCUUCCAAAAACAAACAAAGCCAGCGCCUUUGACCUUGGUUUGGCAACUUGCAGAGGUAAAGGACGUUGCAAGAAUCCCAAAUGUACAUAUGUCUACAUGAACCGGUACAAACCAGGAAUCUGUCCAAAGUGUGGCUAUGACUUCACAAGAGACAAACAGGAUAUAAAGCCAUCAAAACCUGCUAUAAACAGCGCACUUUCCUUGGGUCUGUUGAAUCCAGAGGAGGGGCUAACUCAGGCCUCAAAGGAUUUACAACGCCAGACUACAUUGCUACUGCUCAGGAGAACAGUUCAAAUCCCUGAGAAUGAGGCUGAACUUCAUGAAGUUUUUAGUCUAAUUCAGGAAAUGAACAGCUCAAGGUUGAUCUUAUCGACAGUAAAUGAGACCAUAACACUUGAACAAAAUUCAUGGCCUAAUUACUUUGAAUCUUCAGCCACGAUCUGUGGUUUGUGUGACAGCCAGUUGUACAAGGGUGGACAGAACUCAGUAGCUGGUCCUGAGGAAUGCUGGCUAUUGACCGAAAGCCAGUUUCAAGUGGUUAUAGUUCAGGCGAAAAUCUGCUUGAAUCCCCACUGUCUUGCACUUCAUAACUUCACAGACAUCAGCUCAGGCUUAUUUAAUAUUGGAAACAAGCUUUUGGUCAGUUUGGAUUUACUGUUCAAAAUAAGAAACCAUAUCAAGCUCGGAGAAGAUCCAAGGGAUGUGACUAUUCCCAUAUUGAACUCUGUCCAAAAAUUUACAGAGAAAAUCUUGUCAGACGAGCAGCUGAAUCAGCUUCAAGAGCUUCUAUGGAAUGGUUAUUGGGCAUUUGAAUCCCUCACCAUUCGUGACUAUAAUGACAUGAUUUGUGGGAUCUGUGGAGUAGCACCCAAACUCGAGGUAGCACAGAGAAGCCCCGAGAAUAUUCUUGCACUGAAAAAUGUUGAGUUUACAUGGCCUGACUUUCCUACCUCAGAUGAAGUAAACGUGGAGGAUUUUUGGUCCACAAUGGAGAAUGAAGCCAUAGAGCAAGCAGCAUUUCCAUCCAGUAUCCCAAUCACAAAAUUUGAUGCAUCCAUAAUUGCUCCAUUUAUACCGCCACUCCUGAGGGCACCUGUUGUAGUUAACAGUGAGAAAGAUAAAAACCCUCAACCACAGUCAGUUGCUGGAAAUCCAAGAAUGCUGGUAAAAUUGUUGCGCGAUGAAGUUUUCAAACCAGAAGAGCUCAACUUUUACAGUGAAACUGAAAUAAAAAACUUGCUAGUGUCAUGUGAUAUCCCAUUUCACCCCGAUGACUCCAAGGAACAUCUGUGUUCUUCAUUAUUCGCUUUAUAUUCCUAUGUGCUAGAUGGAUCAACUGCACAGGUCCAACCUCCAUGUGAUGUGACAGGAGGAAAAGUUUAUAAGUUGUGUCUACAUCAGGUUGUUUGUGGAUCUAAGUACCUUGUGAGAAGAGAGUCUUCACGUGACCAUGUUGACCUGCUGGUAUCUUCGCGCUAUUGGCCUCCAGUGUAUGUGGUUGACAUGGCUCCACAUGUUGCAUUAAAUGCAGAUGUGCGUUAUCCUGAAAUUGCUGGACAAAUAUGGGGACAUAAACAAGGCUGUUUUUCAGAUCCACUGGAAGCACCAAAGCAUGUGUCCUGUCCAGAGCUACUUGAUCAACACUAUGCUAUGGAUGUACUACUAACAGAGAAUAACAUUCAACAUCCUAUCACCAAAUCUAAUGCUCGCAGAAUUGUAUACCAUGAUAAAGACCAGAACACAGGAAAGAACACAACAGCAGGACACCACUCUAUCAGUCUUUGCAGUGAACUAGGACCAUACAGUGAUAUACUCGAAUCUAUUCCAGACAGCAAGGUGCAAAAUGUGCGGCAAAAGUCCAUCACUUUUGAAAAUGCUACUUACUAUUUUCUAUAUAAUCGUUUGGUUGACUUCCUCACCAGCAGAGACAUUGUAAACCAACAAAUCAGUGAAGUGUUGCAGAGCUGUCAACCUGGAGAGGUGGUGAUACGAGAUAGCUUGUACAGACUGGGAAUAGCGCACCUUAACACAGAGAGUGAAACUGAGGAGCUUGCAUAACAACUGAUCCUUAAAAGUAGUUAAGGAAAAUAAUUUCUCAAGUAAUGUAUUUAUUCAGUGCUUCUAUUUAAUUAAAAAUAUUGUGUUUGUAAUUUCUUAAAGUUUUUUUUUCAAAACCUGUCAGCGAUUAUGUUGGUAAGGGAUGGUUAGCUUUGAUUUGGGCUGUAUGUGACAUUAAAUUACCACAGAGCAUUUGCUAUUGAUAAAAAGAGAAACCUGCUCAGAAUUUUUUUUUUAAUGAACAUUUCCAUGUGUUUCUUGUGACGGAGUGCACUUUAACCACCUAUCUCGGGCACAUUUCCAAAUUAUAAAUGAAGUAUUAACAAUAAACUGCAUUUGAAAAUUUCCCUUUAUACUUUAAUGCAGUCCAUCCCUUGCUCCAAUUGAAAGUUGUAUUGGAGCACAAACUCUCCCUCUUUGAUAUGCUAGUUGAGAGAUGAUUUCCACACUGCUGUGUACCAAAACUCUAAUUUCAUGGGCCAACAUAUGGAUUGGGAUUUGCACAAUUUCAUAUUGUCCAAGAUUAGCCUUACCAGUCAUCUUGCAAAUAUGGCCAUAGCCAUUUGAUCAUCUUAAAAGCUUGACACAGUAAUGGAGCAUAUAAAAAUUAAGCUAGAAUAUAAUGAUAAACCUUUAGUGCACAAAUUUCAAGUGAGUCAAAGGCUGUUGGCCUCAGUACUGAAAGAAAAUGCCCAGUCUACCUUAACUUACCAAGAAAAGGCAACGUAACUAACUUUUUAUAUUCUUGCUAUGCAGUGAAAAGCUGAGUGGUAUUUUUAACUCUGGAGUUGCAGUGAGUCAAAACAGACAUUCUAUAAUUACACAAUUGAGCAAUAUUGUGCAUGAAUUUGUGCCUAUGAGAUACUAGGUGUGUAGGCCCUGUGUCCCAAUGACUGGAUGAUUGAAUCAACCAUAUUCCUACAGGCUGUACUGAACCACCCCAGACUUGCAAAGUCCAAAAUGAAGUGUCUGCUUUUAGGUGUAACUUCACGGGUGUGUCACCCCCACGGAGCAAACCUUGAAUGCACUAGUAGCUACAAUAAUAAUCAACUUAAGAUAAUUAGUUAAAUUCAUAACACGGCUUGUUUAUGUUCUCUCGAAGCAAAAUACAUUCAUACUCAGGUAUCCGUUCUCUGCAAACAAAAGGAAUAUGAUCAAGCUUUGCACCUUUUCUGAUUUACCUCCAGAAUGGAGAACCUAUCGUUCCUGUUCAUUUCUCCAUUGCAAAGCCUGAGAGUUGAAUUGCCAUUCUUGAAUUUGUCUUGAAUGCAAGACAAAAAUUCCAGUCUCUCUUCCAGCAAUAUUCAACAUCUGUACUAUUAAGUAUUUUUUAAAUUUGUUAUCGCUUGUAUACUCAUUAAUUGAGCAGUGAUGAUUCUGGUGAAUAGAAGUGUUUCCCUUUUUGAGUAUCUAGAUCAACAUCGGGCACUCAGAUAAUAGAACAGCCUGUUGCACAGUAACUGACCCUUCUACACAUCUCAGCCCCAACCUCAGAAGAGCAUUCCAUGCAACAGUGUGAUGUUUCUUUCUAAACAUUCUUAGCAACAGUAUACAAGUUGUCUUUCAAGUACUUUGGGACAUUGAUGUUAAUUAAAAAAAAGUACAAUGGAAAUGUAACAUCAUUCUUAAUUUACAGAAAUAAUGUGCUGAACUGUUUUUCAACCAUUUUGCUGACUGUACAAUUGUUCCCAAGACCAUUUCAUACAAUUUUAGUAAAUACUGUUUAAGUAUCGUAAGUGCUGAUUUACAGUUUGACACCACAGUUAUUUGAUUAGUUUAAAAGACUUUGAGUAAUUUUGAGUUUCUUGUUAUUACAAGGACAAAAUUCUGUUCUGAGAGCAGGAUGCUGAAACAAUUAGGCAAUAGGAUGAUUUACCCUCUUCACUUUUGAAAUAUUACUUCUCUAUGUCAAGAUUUAUUUCCAUUGCCUUGAAAGAUUAAUUGUUCAUAAAUAUAUAUGUAUCUUAUCAUGUGUAACUGCCUCUGGAAAUAACUGGUGUCCAAGUCCAGGUUGGAUACCUUUGUAACAAGAAUGGGAGAUCCACAGGAAGGUUGCCCCAUGUCUUGAUGACAGUGCCCAAGUCUUUAAAUGAUUGUGCUGUUGAUGAUGUUCCAUAUUAGCACAAUGGGCUUACUUCUAUGAUUCAUGAAGGAUGAUUUAUUCAGAGAGUUAUGGAAAUCCCUAAUAAACUAUUAAUUUUCAA